GCAGUCAUCUCGAAGAAGCCGUAGGAAAUAGUAACCCCACCGGAAAGCGUUGAGAGCAAGGUUGUACGCUAGAGCAUCACACGGCAUAAACGAUUCAACGUAUCUCGUGCGGUGGAGAUCGCAUUGUGUACCUCAUAGUAGCCUAUCGAUCGCGAUGUAAAACCCGUCGGAUGUAGAGGAAACAACUCGGAUUUUAAGUCCGAAAGGGGGAGGACGUGUAUAAAGGUUGGCAUUUCAUUCGGAGUCGACGUGAUACUAACUUGUCGUUCAUCACAAGCGCAGCUCGUUUCAAUUAUUCGGUAAUCAGUAAAACCUGUCGGCUGAGUAACCAUGAGUGCUACUUCGACCUCCAACGGCACUGCUCGUAAGCACGGUGAUAUGAGGGAUUAUGCGUCCACGACACUUUUCCAACCACACCGAGCUCGAGAAGCUAUCCGAGAUGCACACAACAAGAAAAUUCCACCAAUGAUCGGCUACUAUGCCGGACUUGCGGCAGUUCCGAUAACAAGAUUGGUAGCCCCGAUGGGAUUCGAUUUCGUCUGGAUCGAUUGGGAGCAUACUGCCAUGAACAUCGAGACUAUGACGACGAUGGUCCACGAAGCGGCUUUCUUUAGUGAAGGCCGAACAAUACCUUGGGUUCGGGUGCCAGGGCAUGACCACGCUAGCAUAGCGUGGGCUGCCGACGCUGGUGCGUCUAUCGUCGUACCGCAAGUUGAUACCGUCGAACAAGCCAAGCAUGUGGUCAACGCAUUAAAGUACGGUCGUAAGAACAAAGGCUAUCGAUCGGCACCACCUUUCCGUUACAUACAUAACGUCACGGACAUCCCAUACGAUCCGACGCAGUCCUUGUGGGAAAACUUCAACGAUCAUUCUGCACUAAUGAUCCAGAUCGAGUCAUUGGAGGGAAUUAAUAAUCUUGACGCGAUCCUUACUGAAGUACCCGAGGUCGAUGUCGUUUGGCUUGGAACGAUUGAUACACGCGUGAGCAUGGGUCUUCCUGGUGGUUAUGCCAUCCAAGGCUCGGAGCCUGAAUGGCUAGAAGCUGCUGAGCUCUUUAGUUCAAUCGUUCGCAAACACAACAAACCGUUCGCUGGAUUUUGCCAUCCAAAUGACGAAGGACUUCUUAAUGGCACUGGCAAUAGGUGCAUGGCUGUUGUGACAGGCGAUACGAUGAAACUGGCAGAGCUAGCACCGGAGCUACUAGACUUGAAGGCGGCAUUGUUGAAGGCAAGAGGAAUUAAGAAAUAAGUCUUGUUAAUGUCGAUAUACCUGUCAAUAGGAUCGAGGUUGAUAUUGAGAUGAAGUCAACUCAAUCUUGUUUAAGUCAGUAAAAAUAGAUUGUCGAAUGCAGUUUCAAGGCACAGCACUUAGAAUGAACAAACGAAGCAACCUCGGAACCCCGGGAUUGAAAGUGGAUCCUCUGUCUCGGGUGGGACAAGUGUUACAUCACCCCGGAACUUAAAUCCAAAAUAUACCCAAAAGGGAUAGUUGGGUGUAAGCAAAGUGAGAAAGUGCGACGC